CCGAAGGGUGGAGCCUGAGGCCCUGCCUCCAAGCGGCCUCUCCCCGGAGGGCCGGGCGGCCAGCAGGGCGGGGUGGCAGGCCGGGAGAGGGAAGGGUGCGGGGGGAAGGGGAGAGGAAGGGAGCGGUCACGUGUGGAUAGCCGCCCGAGGUCACGUGACGGGGCGCCGGAGCGGAGGGAGCCGGGGCUGGGAGUUCUCCUGAGGAAAGAGGAGUGGAGUCGGGGGGACGCGGCGGCGGCGCUGACAAUGAGUUUUCUUGGAGGCUUUUUUGGUCCAAUUUGUGAGAUCGAUAUUGUUCUUAACGAUGGGGAAACCAGGAAAAUGGCCGAAAUGAAAACUGAAGAUGGCAAAGUAGAAAAACACUAUCUCUUCUAUGAUGGAGAAUCUGUUUCAGGAAAGGUAAACCUAGCCUUUAAGCAACCUGGAAAGAGGCUAGAGCACCAAGGAAUUAGAAUUGAAUUUGUAGGUCAAAUUGAACUUUUCAAUGACAAGAGUAAUACUCAUGAAUUUGUAAACCUAGUGAAAGAACUAGCCUUACCUGGAGAACUGACUCAGAGCAGAAGUUAUGAUUUUGAAUUCAUGCAAGUUGAAAAGCCAUAUGAAUCUUACAUCGGUGCCAAUGUCCGUUUGAGGUAUUUUCUUAAAGUGACAAUAGUGAGAAGACUGACAGAUUUGGUAAAAGAAUAUGAUCUUAUUGUUCACCAGCUUGCCACCUAUCCUGAUGUUAACAACUCUAUUAAGAUGGAAGUGGGCAUUGAAGAUUGUCUACAUAUAGAAUUUGAAUAUAAUAAAUCAAAGUAUCAUUUAAAGGAUGUGAUCGUUGGAAAAAUUUACUUCUUAUUAGUAAGAAUAAAAAUACAACAUAUGGAGUUACAGCUGAUCAAAAAAGAGAUCACAGGAAUUGGACCCAGUACCACAACAGAAACAGAAACAAUAGCCAAAUACGAAAUAAUGGAUGGUGCACCAGUAAAAGGUGAAUCAAUUCCAAUAAGAUUAUUUUUAGCAGGAUAUGACCCAACUCCAACAAUGAGAGAUGUGAACAAAAAAUUUUCAGUAAGGUACUUUUUGAAUUUAGUGCUUGUUGAUGAGGAAGACCGAAGGUACUUCAAACAGCAGGAGAUCAUUUUAUGGAGAAAAGCUCCUGAAAAACUGAGGAAACAGAGAACAAACUUUCACCAGCGAUUUGAAUCUCCAGAAUCACAGGCAUCUGCUGAACAGCCUGAAAUGUGAACUGAACAGGAGGAAAAAAGAAGAGUAAAAAACUCCUGUAACCAUUGAGAUUACGUUCAGCAGGUUAAAGAUGGUUGCAGCCGGAGUGGGGGAAAAAAGGCCAAAACUCCAUAUAUAUUAGUCUUCCUUUAUCUUAACAGCACUGCAUUUAUUUUAUGAUAUAAUGAAAUGUUCUUUUCAUGUAUAUACAUUUUUAAAAGUGCUUUCUUUGAAACACUGGAACUUUCUUAAGCUGCCUUUUUUUUUUAACUUCAUACUCUGAUAAGUACUCAGAUAUGCAUCAGCAUAAACAUGAAAAAUUGUCAUGAGUAAGCUGGUAUUUGUAAUUUUGCUUUCUUUCUGCAUAAUGUUGAUUAUAAAUCCUUUUCUUCUCUCUUUUCAUGCUAAUGAUUACCUCUUAUUCUUUACAUGCAAAAAAUUAAAUAUUUUAUGUUCAAAGAAAAUUAGAAACCCUGAGUGGCCCCUUGCAUCCUGCAGAGAUUUAAAACAUGGCACCUCAAUAUUUUCGAGAACUACAUUUGUUUUACAUAUGUAUUUGAGAAAUGCAUAUAGAAUGUUUCACUGUAGGUGCUCUGAAUACCAUUCCAUGGCUUCCGGAAUUUUAUUCUCUUUGAGAUCUUCUGUGGUAUGACUAUUGAAUUUCUUUCCACAAGGGAUUAUGUUUCUUUUUUUUAGCCAUAUUAAGUAACAGGUUUGCUAUUUUCCAGUCGUGUGUUUUCUGCAAUGUGGAGUUGACUUAGGUUAGCAUUUUAGAUUUGUUAAAACCAUUUUUCCAUAAAUAUUUUGAAACAUAUUUGUAUAUUUCAAUUUAAUCUUUUGCCAUGUGUAUUCAAAUAUUUUCUUAACUUCACAAAUUGAUUCUCUUUUUCAGGGGAAAAUUUUGGGAUGGGGGACUCAGGAGGACUUGUGAAGCGUAUAGUAUCUAGAUCUGGUAAUUUCAUGUUUAUUAAACUCAAACUUUGGCUACUUAAACUCACAUUGAAACUUCAUCCAGUCUCUUAAUUUUUUAACACUAAAUUCAAGUCAUUUGUUUAAAGUCUGUAAAAAAAGAUUACAGUCAUCCAUUCAUAUGCAUGGGGUCUGAUCGCAAAUACACUAAAUGUGGAGUGUAGGAACCAAAAUGAAACCUGCUGUAUGGAAACUGCUUUCACUUAUGGUUCAUUGGGUUUUGUACCAAUUUUUUUUAAUAUAUACUUCAGUGCAAGUCUUGUCAGUUAACCUUACUUUAUGAGUAAGCUAAAUAACCCAAAUUACAUUUCUUUAAACCUGUUUUACUACUAUGGCACUUUGAUAAAAUGGUCAGUAACCAACUUUACCGGCAAAAGGGUCCAUGUACCAUGUGCUGGAGCAUCUGUUCUACAUGUGGAUAUCUAUGAAUGGUAAUGUUUUCCUUCAUGUAAGUGCCUAUUCAGAGUUUCAGAAAUUUUAAAUGCCAAAUAUUUUCAUGGUCACUUGCAUGUAGUAAUCUAGAAAAUAUUCAGAGAUUUUGAAAUCCAAUUGUAUUUAACCAGCCUCAAAUUGUGCAACCAUGAUGUAUAAUAAAGAAUUUGAAACAGAA